UACUUGGUGGUUUAAAAGGCUGGUGGACUGAGCUGCCAUCGGCCGCCGCAAAUUCUCCAAUUUUCUUUGGCUGACUGCAUUUUGGGCUGGCCACAGAUGACGAGAUCGGAUUGUUACAUUGGCGGCUCAGGUCAUGUAUUUCGCCGCAAGAGAGUUGAACAAGGGAUCGCGUAUCUGAGAGGCAAAACGGGCAUCUGCACCAAUCCCCCACACCACUGCGAGAGGGUCAGCUGCUCGUGGAGCGCCGGCAUUUAGUGGUGCAACGACAACGACACGCCUUACUCUCUCCCGUGCUCAGAGAUC